CGGUUGCGCCCAUCCGCGUGCAUAAUUCAUUUCCUGUGUACGUCUUGUUGAAAGCACAACUAUAUUACUUGUACUUUGUAGACAGUGAUAAAAACUAAAUCUUAACAGCUAUGUUCAGGACAAGUAAUCAAGGGCUAAUUCGUUGCAAGUCUCUUUCUGGUAUGCCAAAACUCGAAGGGUAUCUAAGUAAACGCGGUAAACUGAAUUUACGAUGUUCUUGGAAAAAGUAUUGGUUUGUCCUAGAAGGAAGGCAGUUCAUGUAUUAUAAGUCUAAAGCAAGUUAUGAGAGUUUGGGAGUUUGUAAAGGGAUGAUCGACUUCUCUCAGAUUCAGUCUGUUCGUAUGAUCAACAGUACCCUUAACUUUGAAUUUGAUGUCAUUACAAGAAGAAAUGCAAUACAUCUGGCUGCCUUUGACAGUGAAACCCGUAAAUUGUGGGUCGAAGCUCUACAGAAACUUAUUGGAAGACCUGCAGAAGUUUCUGGGCCUAUGAAUGCUCAAAGAAUAUCAGCCCCCAGACUAUCAAGACUGUUUGAAGCUUCAAACUCCAAUAAAGCUUAUGUUAAUGAAACACAUCAUGGUGGAGAUGAAAUUCAAUUUGGCACUGAUGAAGAAAAAAAUUGUGAUUGUAACUCAGAGACUAAGACUUUACUUAAAAAUGGCACUGAUGAUAUAAAUAAUGAUGGUUUACACUGCUCCUUGGAAAUUUAUAAAAAUAAGCCCAAGCCUUUUCCUGGGAAUGAAGAUAGUUGCAGUUUAAAUAACAUCCACAGUUCUUCCUUGUCAACAGAGAAACAUCAACUUCUAUUAUCAGAGGACAACAAGAGCACUUCCCUCACAAUCUCACAAGACAGUCAAGAAACAUUUUAUCGUAACUUCAUUGCUACCGAAUCCCAAGAAACUGGAAACUGCAACUUGCAGAAUGCAGGCACUCAUUCACUACCUGAGAACACUUCUUCAGAGCAAAACUGGCUUAACUUAACACCUGUCGUACCAGAGUUGCACAAAGAGGAUGUUCCCAAUACUUCAUAUCACUCUAUACCAAAAGAUAUCAUUAUUUUUGAGGACCUUUGUGACACUGAAGUUACAGAUGGUGUUAGUCACUUAGUUCUAAUUAAGGAUACACCAAGCUCUUCCUCUCCAGAGGAAUUUUUUGCUGAUACUGUGGACUCUUAUGCUGUUCAAGAACUUAAGAACUUUAUCACCAUUCUUGGAGAAGAACAAGAAGCAGAAAGAUAUACAAUUAACAAAAUAGGAAAACGUAGUGCAAUAAACUCAAUGAAAUCACUCUUGGAUGAUAUGAAUCAGGAGGAACGAUUUAGUUGUUGAUUUCUUUCAACCCAAAAGAAGAAGAAAGGGAAGUGGAUGAAAAUUUUUUUAUGUAUACAUAUGAAAUCACUAUAUCUAUAUAAAUAUUUAUAUACUUCAAAAGAAUUAGUUGGCGGAUUGUAAUUAGCUGGAAGAUUUAAUGGACAGAGUUUGUUAAAAACUUUCCGAUGUAUCAUAUACUUUUUUUCUUUCAUGUACUAACAAAAAAUAGAAUCUCAUUUGUGUACGAGUUAUUUCCAAAUGAUUCCUAAACUGAUAAAAAUAACAUUAUAAUGAUAUUAUUUAUGACAGAAUAUUCUUUUCAUAGUUACUUAAUAUUUAUAGAGGCUUCAGUCUUGUUGACAUGGGUUUAAGAAAUCAAUUUAAGGUGGACCUUUCUUCUUCAGAGGCAAACUUGGAAUUAGUUUGUCCCUGAAAAAGAAAGGUCCACUUUUUGAAAGCACUUGGGUUAUAGGAUUUCCUAUCUUUGUUAAGCACAAGGACAGCUUAAUGGGCCAUCUAAGCUUUAAAAAAAACUUAUGGCUGAACCAUGGGGUGGGUGAGGGUGUAUUAUUUCAUAUUAGAUGAUAAAUAUGUGCAGUCAUGAAAAUUUAUAAAUCAGAUCACAAGUUUUCUUUUAUUCUGAUUUUUUUUAUCUGAGUAUUAAGAAAUAAACUGUGAUUUUUACAUUUGA